AUGGCCACCACCGGACCCAACCACGUGUUCGAUCGGGAGAACGAGCUGAACGACAACCUUUACAACUUGAAAAUGUCCGCAAAAAAUCAUAGUCUGAGACUUAGGCGAGCCCUGAAGCCGAUUAUGCGACUUCUCCGAAAGAAAACCAAUAAAAACAAGGCGGACAAGGAGAAGAAGACCGGCUUUCAUGCGGAAGUGUUCACGGAGGAGGUGGACAAUCAGAAUAAUGCCAACGAAAGUUUAGAAAGGAGACUUUUGGCGGAUUUGGAGGACGCCGAGGAGGGAGCUGCCAUCACUGUGUGUUUAGACGGUCAGAUGACCGUCGUGCCGGUUGUGCCUGGUCAGUGCUACGUGCCCGUCCACUUUGCGCACACCCACGCCGGGGAUUUCUACUGGACGGUCUUGAACAUGGCCGAUAGUGAUUUGUGCUACAAGGAACGAGCUUACUCGCAACACCAGACCCCGGAGAUGCAGGUUGCGUGA